UGCGCCUGCGCGGCGCCGGAUACUGGCGGGCGCUUUGAAUUUCGCUCCCUGAGUCGCGUCUCGCGAUCUUGGGCUUCUGGCCGAGAGGAGACUCAAGGGCUCGGCGGCUCGGGAACCCGCAGCGAGUGGGCGCCUUGCUCCCGGACCCUCUCGAGAAGCUUAAAGGAUGGCUUCCUCAGACCUGGAAGAGUUAUGCUCUCAUAUUAAUGAAAAAAUUGGCAAUAUUAAAAGAAUGCUGUCAUUAAGAAACUGUGGUCAGGAACCUACCUUGAAGACUACAUUAGAUAAAAUAGGAGAUGAGAUCAUUGUAGUAAAUGAACUUCUAAAUAAAUUGGAAUUGGAAAUUCAGUAUCAAGAACAAACCAACCAUUCACUCAAGGAACUCUGUGCAUCUCUCGAAGAGGAUUAUAAAGAUGUGGAACAUCUCAAAGAAAACAUUCCUCCCCAUUUGCCUCAAGUAACAGUAACCCAGAACUUUGUUAAUGCGCCAGAUGUUGACCCUGGAGAACCAGUCAAAGUUGAGGAACCUGCACCCACAAAGAAGCACCCAAAAGAACAAAGAACUAUUAAAGAAAUGUCAUUUAUAACUUCCGAUGAGUUUAAUGGCAUUCCAGCGUACAUGAAAUCCCGCUUAACUUAUUGUCAAAUUAAUGAUGUUAUUAAAGAAAUCAACAAGGCAAUAGUUAGUAAAUACAAGAUCCUAUAUCAGCCGAAGAAGUCUAUGAGUUCUGUGGCCAGAAAUCUCUAUCACAGAUUUAUUGAUGAAGAAACAAAGGAUACCAAAGGUCAUUAUUUUAUAGUGGAAGCGGACAUAAAGGAGUUCACAACUUUGAAAGCUGACAAGCGGUUUCAUGUAAUACUGAAUAUCUUACGACACUGCCGGAGGCUCUCCGAGGUCCGAGGGGGAGGCCUUACCCGAUACGUUAUAACCUGAAGUCCUCGUGAGCUCUAGAACUGGCCAAGAGUCGGAUAUGGAGGCCACUCCUAUAGUUUCCUUAUAUGUAAUUUCUUUAUAUAUAACUUCUUUGCUUUUCUUAUUUUCUUUUCUGCUUGACUAUAAAAAUGAAACUUUUUAGUAAAUAAAGCGUAUGUAUUUUAAAAUUCACUUUCUUUUCUUAAAUAUUUUUUCCAGAUAUAUAUUUUUAAGUUUUUAUUUAUUUGAAUAAAUAAAAUUUAUUUAUUUUAGGGGAGAGGCAGAGAGAAAGGGAAAGAUAGAAUCCCAAGCAGCCUCCACGCUGUCAGCACAGAGCCUGACAUGGGGCUUGAUCUCACAAACAGAUAAUGACCUGAGCCAAGAUCAAGAGUGAGCCACCAAACAGAAUGAGCCACCCAGGCACUCUCUUUUUUUUUUUUUUUUUAAAGUUUAUUUAUUUUCAGAGAGAGUACAGAGGGGCAGAGAGAGAGGGAGAGAGAGAAUCCCAAGCAGGCUCCAUGCUGACAGCACAGAGCCCAGUGUGGGUCUCCAUCCCGUGAACCAUGAGAUCAUGACCUAAGCCAAAAUCACUAGCUGGACGCUUAACUGAAUGAGCUGCCCAGGUGUCCCAAAUUCACUUUCUCUCAGCACAUGGGUAACCCCCUACCAUAUGAGCCUCUGUGCUAGGCAUGUAAUGGAAUUAAAAAAUGUUCAGGUUUUGUUUUUGUGUUUAGUGACAGUGCUGUAGACCCCAAUAAGAUAGGUACAGACAUGAUUAGGGAAGAAAAAGGUCGAGAAGAUAAGGUCAAGAGUACACAGGCUCAUUAGAAUUAAAGGUCGUGAAUGUCAAAAUUCUAUCAAUGGCAUUUCAGUGAACCGGCAAAAGUUGGAUUUGUAGGCAGCCCCUCCCUGUGAUGAUUCUGCUUUGCCAUAUGUUGUUGGAAACAGCUUACCUGAAAUACAUGCAGUGUAAACCAAUCUAUAAACAUCAACCUGUAAUGAUAUUGUAAUAAAAGUAUAUUGAGAUGAAAAAGAU